AUGUCAGAACACGUUGAAUUACAACAUUUAGUUGGCGGUGACAUUGAAAAUAAUGUCACAGCAAAGCAAAAGCGAUUUUCAAUACUGUUAUGCAAAUCGUGCCCUUAUCUUGGUUUAAUAUUAGCAACAUUAUCAUCAUUAUUUUUCUCAUUGUGUAGUGUCAUUGUGAAAGGUUUGGUAGAAGUAAAUCCAAUGGAAUUGGCAGCAUUUCGGUUUGUGGGUGUAUUAUUGCCUGCGAUCCCAAUUGUAAUAUAUAAGGGAGAGCAUCCUUUUCCAAAGGGACGUAGACUAAUGUUAAUAUUAAGAAGUUUUGUAGGCACCACUGGCCUCAUGUUAAGUUUUUAUGCAUUCAGGCAUAUGCCUUUAGCUGAUGCAUCUGUUGUAGUAUUUUCUGUUCCUGUAUUUGUAGCUAUAUUUGCAAAAAUAUUUUUAAAAGAACCGUGUGGGAUAUUUAAUGUCAUUACAGUCUGCUUAACAUUAAUUGGUGUAAUCUUGAUAACACGUCCACCACUGAUCUUUGGACACACUAUAGAGUCUCUUUCUGAUGUACAUGUAAAAACAGAACAUGCAGAUUUAUGGGGUGCUAUAGCAGCUUUUUCUGCUACUCUAUUUGGUGCGAAUGCAUACGUUUUAUUGAGAGCUUUGAAGGGCCUACAUUUUUCUGUAAUAAUGACAAAUUUUGGUUCAUUUGCCUUGAUUCAAACAAUAAUCAUUUCUUGGGCUAUAGGUGCACUGUGUUUACCUCGGUGUGGAACUGACAGGGUUUUGGUUGUAGCACUUGCACUUUUUAGUUUUGGGGGUCAAAUAUUACUAACAUUAGCUUUACAGAUGGAACAAGCAGGUCCUGUUGCAAUAGCAAGGUCAGCUGAUAUAGUCUUUGCCUUUUUUUGGCAAGUUUUAUUUUUCAAUGAAAUACCAAACCGUUACUCGGUAGGAGGAGCAAUUUUAGUUACGAGUUCAGUUUUAUUGACUGGAUUAAGGAAAUGGGCUCUUUCAUUACCAGAAACAUCCAGUGUUAAAAAGUCUUUGGGGGUUUUAGUAAUGUAA